GCCUCAGGGAACCUGGAGUCGAGAGGGAGAGGACUGCGGUCGCGCGCACGGUCGGAGCACACCACGGCGGCCCUUUGGAGAGCCGGCUGUGUCGGGGGCCGGGACCCCGGGACCCCGGGACCCCGGGACCCCGCGCCCCCGCGGCAGCCAGCCGAGCGCGCGCCUCCUGGGGCUGCCGCGCCGCCGUGACGUCACGCCGCGGGGCGGGGCCGCUCCCGGAUCUCGCGGGGGCGGGCCGGAGGCGGUGGCCGACGGGCGCGCUCGGCAGUGCGGCGCGGCCCUGGAGAGGCGUGGAGGGGCGCCGCUGGGCUGGCGGCGGCGGCGAGGCACGCGGAGUGGGAAUGUCCGGGCUGUCCGGCAGCUCCGAACAGGGGAGCCCCGAGCGGAGCGCGCCGCAGUCGCCACGCGUGGGCUUCGUGCUGGGGCUGGACGUGGGCAGCUCGGUGAUCCGCUGCCACGUCUAUGACCGCGCGGCGCGGAUCUGCGGCUCCAGCGCGCAGAAGGUAGAAAAUCUUUAUCCUCACACUGGCUGGGUUGAAAUUGAUCCUGAUGUUCUCUGGGUUCAAUUUGUUGCUGUAAUAAAAGAAUCUGUCAAAGCUGCAGGAAUAGAGAUGAAUCAAAUUGUUGGUCUUGGCAUUUCAACACAGAGAGCAACUUUUAUUACGUGGGACAAGAAAACGGGAAAUCAUUUUCACAACUUCAUUAGUUGGCAAGACCUAAGAGCUAUUGAACUUGUAAAAUCUUGGAAUAGUUCUCUUAUAAUGAAGCUAAUACACAGUUCCUGCCGAGUGCUUCACUUUUUCACUAGGAGUAAACGGUAUUUAGCGGCCAGUCUGUUCACUUUCACAACCCAGCAGGUUUCCUUGAGAUUGGCCUGGGUUCUCCAGAACCUGAGUGAGGUUCAAAAGGCAGUUGAAGAAGACAAUUGCUGCUUUGGGACUGUCGACACCUGGUUGUUACAUAAGCUCACGAAAGGUUCUGAAUUCGCCACGGACUUUUCAAAUGCCAGUACCACUGGACUUUUUGACCCAUACGAGAUGUGUUGGAGUGGGCUCGUUACCUCUUUGCUUUCGAUCCCGCUGUCGCUCCUGCCUCCAGUGAAGGAUACGAGCCACCAUUUUGGAUCAGUGGACGAAGAGAUAUUUGGUGUGCCUAUACCAAUAGUGGCCUUGGUUGCUGACCAGCAGUCGGCCAUGUUUGGAGAAUGCUGCUUCCAGGUAGGAGAUGUGAAAUUAACCAUGGGAACCGGGACGUUUUUGGAUAUUAAUACUGGAAAUAGCCCUCAACAGACUGUUGGAGGCUUUUAUCCAUUAAUUGGGUGGAAGAUUGGGCAAGAAAUUGUAUGCUUAGCUGAAGGCAAUGCAGGAGAUGCUGGUACUGCCGUAAAAUGGGCUCAACAAUUAGAUCUUUUCACAGAUGCUGAUGAGACUGAAAAAAUGGCCAAAAGUUUGGAAGAUUCUGAAGGAGUUUAUUUUGUUCCAUCUUUUAGUGGAUUGCAGGCUCCAUUAAAUGACCCGUGUGCAUGUGCCUCUUUUAUGGGUUUGAAGCCUUCCACCAGUAAAUACCAUCUUGUACGAGCAAUACUGGAGUCAAUAGCUUUCAGAAACAAACAGUUAUAUGAGUUGAUGCAGAAAGAGAUCCAUAUUCCGGUAAGAAAAAUCCGGGCAGAUGGAGGAGUUUGUAAGAACAGUUUUGUCAUGCAGAUGACGUCCGACCUGAUUAAUGAGAGUAUAGACAGGCCCGUCCACGUUGACAUGUCGUGCCUGGGUGCAGCUUCGCUAGCUGGCCUUGCUGUUGGGUUUUGGACUGACAAGGAGGAACUAAAGCAACUGAGGCAGAGUGAAAUGGUUUUCAAGCCGCAGAAGAAAUGGCAAGAAUAUGAAAUGAGUAUGGAAAACUGGGUCAAGGCCGUGAAACGCUCCAUGAAUUGGUAUAACAAGACAUAGCAGUAUGCGGAAAGAAUAAAACUGUGGAUGGCUGGUUGUUGUGACACGCAGAUGGGGCAAAGCUCAGGGAUAACCAAUACAAUGAUGACUGAGCAGAGAAGGUUUAAAAUGAGUUUUGCAACCUGAGAGAAAAAGCAUUGCUUUUUUGAAACAAAACAAAACGAAAAAACCCUCAUUUAAAAAAAUCCAAACCUUGGUGAGAUUGUAAGGCAACAAUACCUCAAAACUUUUUAUCUUCUGUUUUGUAGCAAAUUCCAAAGGACAUUAACCAUUUCGAACCAUAUUUUGACAGUUAUGGGUCCUUCUUUUUUACUGGGUCAGUGGUACAUAUGAGGAUAAUUGUUUACUCUCUUUGAGUUAAUAGUUCUGGGUCAAGCACCAUGCACAUUUUGCUCCAAAAUUAUGUGAAAAGUAUUCCUUUAAUUCUUUAAAAUUAAGUGGGCUACUCAAAGCCAUACAGCUAAAAAGAAAGAAUAACUGAGGAAAUGUGGAAUUUUGAAACAUGAAUAUUUUAUAUUUAAAGCCAUAAUUGUUCAAUGUUAUAUCUAAAUAUGCACUCAAUAUGUCCUUCUCAGGCUUAUUUCUUAGUCAAGUCUUUCCUUUUUUGGGCUUAAAGACACUGCCUUAAUUGUUCCUUGUUUAGCUGAAAUCUGAGCAUUCUUUAUGUAUCGAAAAACAUUGAAAAAGUAAUUCUGGUUAAUGAAACUAAAAAGGGUAUUCAUCCAUAAGGAACAAGAAGAGACUAUAUUUUUCCUUCUCAAAUAGAGUUUCUUUCAAAAACUUCUGCUAAAGCAUAACAUCCCAUUUUUUACUAAAUGCAGGUAGUAAGUAUAAUUCUUGCCUUUCCUCUCCUGUUGUUUUUCGUUCUCAGUUGGCAAGAUGCUUGCAUAAAUGUGUUUGUUUCUAUUAGGUGCCUAACUGACAGAGCUUUAUUUGAAGAAAGUACCCUAGUUUAUUGGUGACUUAAGAAUUGCCUUCAUUGGGGUAUUUCACUUGUCCAGGUAUCUUUUUGUUUUUGUCCAGUCUGCUCCACUCUGAGAUACGUGCAGUGGGUAGCUGACAGAGGUGGUGGGAGUCACUCAUGUUAGUGGCUGUCCUUUGGCUGCUGAGCCAGACAUGCCCAGAGAGGAGCGGGGACAGUUCUGCGUCCUCAGACUUUCCUGAUAGAAACAUGAAUAGGAGUAAGAGUUGUGAGCAGCUUCAGGCCAGGUGUAAAAUUGUCCUAACGCAGUCGACCACCUUCCAGCCUGCUCUCCUGUUAUUUGCCCAUCCCUCCAUUUGGGCUAGGUUCCUUUUGAUUUGCAGCAAUAAUGAAUUUAUUUCCCUCUUGGUCAGCUUUAUCACAUAACAUCCUACUAUUGUAGAGCUAGCUGUUAAAUGAUAACACAGUAAAGAAGUGACUGUUACAGAGAAUGUUGUUGCUGUCGUAUAUGUCCACUUCAGAGACAGAGAUGAUAGCACUGGGGCUCAAGUUGCAUUUCUGCAAAUUCCAUCUUGGUGAGCUUUGUUUUCUCAAAUUAUUAAAAUGUUUUGAGGGAGUCACUAUAGCAAAUAUAUAGUAUUAACUCUAUUAAUUAAGAUUUGGAAAUAUUUUUGUUAACUGGAGGUGUUUGGUUUACUCUAACAAGUCAGAUCCUAUUAUGUAGAUAUCUCCUCCUUUUCAUUUUUUGUUUUUUACAUCCUUUUUACAAAGCUUAGUGGCCAGUUUGUUUUUUUAUCAAAAUCAUGAAAGCUGCUAUCUUGUUUUACUAUUUCUUAUAGAUCCUGCUUCUCAGCAGGUAUGAUUUCAUAGGAAAUAAUUCUUUUUGUAUUAAGAUACACUGAAGUGUAAUAUUAUUAAUACCUAAAAGUUUGUUAGCUCAUCUCUUUUCUAUGUUGUUCUUUCUAAUCAUAAAACCACAAAAUAAAGAAAAAUAUCUUUUA